AUGGAUUCGUUCACGCCGAGCUUAGCGGCUAUCGAUCUGGUGAAUGAAGAUCAACAUGGUCAACUUGUCAGCACAGAAAUACAACUAGUCUUCAGCUCCAUCCAGGUCUCUGAUUCUGGGAGGUAUUACUGUGCAGCUGGAAAUGACCUUGGGAGCCGGACGUCUCCAAGUAUCGAUAUUAAUGUGAAAUACGGUCCAAAGAACUGUUCUGUGUCAGUGAACCCCUCUGGAGCAGUAGAGGAGGGAAACCCAGUGACUCUGACCUGUACUAGUGAUGCUAACCCAGCAGCUAACUACACCUGGUACAAGGAGAAUAAAAUCAUUGCUAAUGGGUCUGAGGUUUUUUAUGUCCUCGCUGUCAGCUCUGAGCACAGAGGAAGCUACUCUUGCAAGGCUCAGAACCUGCAUGGAGAAUGUAACUCUUCAUCUCGGUUUCUUGAUGUUCUCUAUGCCCCAAACGUCUCUGUGUCCAUAACUCCUUCAGGAGAGAUCAAGGAGGGAAACCCAGUGAUUCUGACCUGCAGCAGUGAUGCUAAUCCAGCAGCUAACUACACCUGGUACAAGGAAAAAGACAACAAACUCCUGGAAUCAAAUAAAAAUCUUAUCUUCGACUCCAUCAAGUCGAUGGAUUCUGGGCAAUAUUACUGUACAGCCAUAAACAGCAUGGGACAAAACAACUCAACAGUCAAUGUUGAUGUUAAAUAUGCUCCCAGAUCUCCUUCAGUGUCUCAGAGUCCGUUUGGUGACAUCGUGGUGGGUAGCUCCGUGACUCUGACAUGUAGCAGUGAUGCUAACCCAGCAGCUAACUACACCUGGUACAAGGAGGGAGAGAAGGCACAAAAAGAUUCAGGAGAAAACUUCACCAUCACCAACAUACAAAAUGAACACAGUGGGAACUAUUACUGUAAAGUCCAGAACAAGAUAGGACAUCAUAACACCUCUGUGACUGUGACUGUUGUGGCAGGUAAAUAUUUCUCCUAUAUGUUUGUAUAUACAUAUAUAUAA